AUGGGAUCUAAAUCACUUCCCCAGCCUCUCCCAAAACUCAUCCCAGCUAAUCAGGCCAUUCCAACUAUGAAAGGCAUCAUCAAUCAAUACCAGGCUGUACGGGAAGGUAUCUUUCAGAAUGUGAACCCACAAGCAACCAGCUUUAGCAACGUCAUUCAGCCCCUGAUCAACAUUGACAACGCAACCCAGGGGGACAUUGGUAUCAUUGCCAUGCUCCGUUAUGCGUCACCUGAUCAAGCAUCUCGACAAGCCUCUGAAGAAGCCUGUACUCUCAUCAACGAAGACCAAGCGGCCUUUACCGCAAGAUCAGACUUCUGGUGCCUGAUCAAAGCAGUCAAAGAAGGAACUGGCGCGCCAUCUCUUCAUUUCGAAGCUCGGAAGUACCUGAAUAAGAUGUUUCUGGAGUUCCAGCAGUUUGGAUACGCCACUUUGCAGCCUGAGCAGGUCAAACAGUAUAUGGAGAGAAGAAAUCGCAUAGACAGCAUACGACGGGAAUACAAACAGAGAAUCCACGACGAUAGCCGAGGUCUAUGGUUUUCCCUGGAUGAUCUUGCAGGCGUACCCCAGCAUGACAUAGAUCGUUUCGAGAAGCACUCAGAGAACCACGAUAUGCGACUCGUUCGCUUUCAGUAG